GGAUGUGUGUCUGCUCUCUAUAGCGGUAAGCCCAAAGUGAAUCGCCAUUCGCACGGGGUCGCGACCUGCCGACCUCCGAUUUCUGAAUAGCGACGCCGAAGACGCACCACCGCACUGCGCCGCUGGCUCCGCCCUCCACGGCACCACCAUCCAGUACUCUAGGCAGAAGAUUCCAUGGCAGAGAUUAUAAUGAAGUUUUUCAUCGCUUCCAUGUGUAUGUGGACAGUUCCUCUUGCAAUUCUAUAUGGGUUUAACCAUAAUUUGUUUCCCGGUGUGAAUGAUAUGUCACCCUACUCUAUGACAUUGCUGAGCGGCACCCUUGCUGUCGUUUCAGUCAAUGUGGUUAUUGCAUUUUACAUUUGUAUGGCAAUGAGGGAACCCUCAGACAAACACAGGCCCGAUGUUAAAUUCCUGGCUGAUGCCAAGGCUAGCAUAAAUCAGUCGGAACAAAACGAAGCUGAAAAUUCAUCAGAAUGCCACUCAAAAGAAGAAUAGGCGAUUGGAUCUUUGCAGUCCGAAAUGGUUUCGGGAUCCUUAUCUGUGUGCUCGGGGAGGGCCUCCAUUGAUUGUGAGCUUCCAUCAUAGCGUUACAGAACUAGCUUGUUGCAUUUCCGGGCAGUGGUUGUGGUCGUGGUUGAUAUUCUAGAGCUUAUUCGCUUUGUUUCUUUGUAAUACUUGUUCACCACUUGAUGGGUAGGUUUAUUGGCGUGACUGCCGAUAACUUAUUUAGCCUUAUGUGCUAUGGUUGAUGAUGAAGGGUUGAACCAGAUGAAACCGCAGCUGCAAGUAGCCGUUUCACGGUCACACCUCGAGGCCGGAGAAUGGUUGUAUCAGUUUCAUUCAUUUUACACU